AAGCUGUCGCGUCUACAAGAACUAUCUGGAUUCAAGGUGGUGAGUAGGACUCACAAGACAAGCUGUCAGCAACUGACUGAGCUACGUGGGCUGGGAAUGAAUUUAAGUAACGAAAAUGCCUUCAUUGAGCUAUUUGGAGUUGCUUUUUAAUCCGGAGCUGUUGAAGCUUACAUACCCUUGGACAGGUCAUAUCUGCUGCAUUCUGGGGUAAAACUACAAAAGGAGAUGUUGGCAAUGGAUCCCGUUGUUGGAAAACUGGUAGAGAUGCUAGUUCAAGAUCUCAUUACUGAAAGUAAACUUGUGUUUCAAUAUCGUAGUCAGCUUGAGAAAUUGGAGGCAGGGCUUCGGAAUGUGAAGGCUUGCUUAGCAGACACGCAGAACCUCAAAAGUAAUCUGGAGACGCAGAAAGUGACUUUAAUGGUUCUGAGAUAACUAAUUUAUGAAGCUGAUGAUGUGCUCAUAGAUGUUCUAAUCAAAGAUGAGUAUCAAAAAGCAGACUCUUGCUCUGUCUUCUCACCUUUUGACAUAAUCUUCAGAUAUGAAAUAGGAAAGAGGUUGAAAGAUCUUGAUUUAAAAAUGGAAAUGACAAGCAAAGAUUUGACAAGUUUUCUGAGGCCCCAAGAGCCAAGCACUACUGUGCAGCAAGUUGCACGAUAUUCGUCACAGGAUUUUGAUUCUUCUGAGAUAAUUGGACUGGAAAAUGAUGUCAAGACAAUAAAAGAGUGGAUUCUUUGGCCAGAUGAGGAAAUUCUCAAAGUUGGAAUUGUGGGGAUGGGGGGUUUGGGAAAAACCACGAUUGCCCAGAAAGUUAUGAAUGAUAGAGAAGUACGUGGAUACUUUGAGAAAAUGAUUUGGGUGUCAGUCUCUCAAAAUUUCGAUGAAGAAAGGAUCAUGCGGAGCAUGUUGGAACAAUUACAAUUAGGACAAGAAGGCUUGGGGUCUGACAAAGGUCAAAUGUUGCGAAGGAUUCACCAAUUACUUGAAGGGAAAUCCUUUCUUAUUGUUAUGGAUGAUGUCUGGAAUAUAGACUUUGAAUGGUGGAGAAGGCUAUCUUCCAAUCUACCAACACCAACUGAGAAAAGUAGUUGCUUCAUAGUUACCACUAGAAACGAAGAUGUGGCAUUUGGGGUUGACAGCUAUCGGAUCAAUCGUCCGAAAGUUCUAAAUCCAGAAGAAAGUUGGUCUCUGUUCUCCAAGUUUGCUUUUUCAGCAAGAAAAGGAAUAUGCCCUAAUUCCCAUUUUGAAAAAGUAGGCAAAGAAAUUGUGGAGAAAUGCAGGGGACUUCCGCUGGCAAUCAAGACCAUUGGAGCGUCACUCGCACCAAAAAUUCAUUCUCUUACAGAGUGGAAGAAAACUCGUGAUGAUUUUGAUGAAUUGACUACCAGAGGUCAAACAAGCUCAGUGCUGGCUUCUUUGCAGCUGAGCUAUGAUGAACUCCCUAGUCUUCUAAAGACAUUGCUCUUGUGUUUCUCCAUAUAUCCUGAAGACUCGGUAAUCCAUACUGAACAGUUAAUUCAUUGGUGGAUUGGAGAGGGCCUUAUCCGAAGCACAAACGGAAGAACAGCUACCGAAUUGGGCUUUGAAUAUCUGUCUGAACUAGCAGGCAGAUGCCUAGUUGAAGUUGUGCAGCAGUGAGGCUCUGACUGAAGAGUCUAUAGUUGCAAAAUGCAUGAUUUGGUGCGGGAUUUGACCAUCAUGAUUGCUCAAAAUGAGUCAUUUUGUGGCUUUGAAAGAGGCAGACAAAAAUGGACGCCAGAUUCACUUUGGUUUGGAAUCAUUAACGAGGCAGAUGCAAAUUCCUUGAAAAGCAGUUUGAAGCUCAGAGCAUUGUUACUGAUGUCAAGAAGUGAAGUUCCACUCCAUAAGUAUAUGGAGCCUCUCCUUGUGCUUAGAGUUUUGGAUCUUUCUCACAGUAAGCUUGAAAAUGUCAAUAUGGAGGAACUCCUGUGCUGGAUUUGUUCUCUUAAACGCCUCGCAGUUCUGAAUCUAAGUGGCGCAGCAGGCCUUAAAGUACUACCACGUUCAAUCAGAAAACUUCGGAACCUCCGGAUUUUGGUCUUAAGUGGAUGCAACAAUCUUGUCAAGCUACACCCAUCAAUCAUUAUGUUGAAGAUGCUAAUGAUCUUGGACCUUGGAUUUUGCGGUCUUCAGUAUCUACCUUGUGGACUGGCUCAGCUAUCACAUAUGCAGGAACUAUCAGGUUUCAAGGUGGUGGGUAAGGCUAACAAGAGAAGCUGUCAAGUCCUUGAGCUUCAGCAAUUGACUGAGCUACAAGUCCUGCGAUUGAAUUUAAGUGAUGAAAGUGAACUCUCAGAAGAAAAGUGCAUGAUUUUCUUGAAGCUUGAGAAACUUAAGGUUCUUGCUAUUAAUAUGGAAGAUGUUAAGUAAAAAAUGUCUUACCAAUGCUGGAUCAACUUACCCCUCCUGCAGGCCUUCAGGAGCUGUAUCUUAGACAUUACCCUCAUAAAACUCUGCCGAAAUGGGUUCAACCAGGAAAGCUCCCAAAUUUGCAGCAUCUUUGCAUUGAGAAUGGUGACCUUGACAACAUCCAUCUGAGUCUCAACAAUGAGUCUGUGUGGACUGUUGAAAGUCUGUGUUUGAAGUUCUUGCCAAACCUGGAGCUAGACUGGAAAGACUUGGAGCAGAAAAUGCCUUUAUUAAGUUAUUUGGAGGUAAGCCAUUGCUUCAAUUUGAAAAAUUUUCCAUGCCCUGUCAACAAGCCAGGGGUCUGGAGAAAGCACCUGGAUUAGGAAAUCAGUGAUUGAAAUAAGGAGGGGGGCAUCACCAUCUCUGUGAUGUCCUCUGGAAAUUGUGCUCUGUGUAAUAUAUUUGUUGAGUAUUCAUAUUUUACUGAUACAAGGAACAGCUUGUGCUCUCCUCUUUCAAUCACAAAGCAAA